AUGCCUAACCAGGGCAAACCAACCUUCUGCCCUGCCUGCUGGGGCUGCUUUACCGACGGCGGUAUACGGCGGCACAUCCUCUCGGCGCACCUCUGGUGCCAGCGCUGCAACAUCGUGGGGCCGCACCGCAAGAUCAAGGGCCACAUCCCGGAGUGCCUAGCCGCAUGCGCAUGCGUCGCCUGCGGUGCCGCCUGGGACGCGACGGCGGGCACGCGGCACAAUUUCUGGGGCGAGGGGAUGGCGCACCCGGCGACGGAGAUGGGGCGGUUCUGCGCGGACGGCUGCGGGGCUUGGUUGGGGGAUCGAGAGGCUGCGAGGAGGCACCAUGCGGGGUGCGGGGGCAUCGCGGAGGAGCUGCGCACGCAGAUACCGGGCCUGGCUACGGAGUUUGUGAUGGUGCCCCGGAGGGCCAGGGCCGGCGCAGCCAGGACUGCGGCAAGCAGCUUCAUGCAGAAGGGAUCCCAGAUGUGGCAUGACCUCGACCGGUUCCGCAACUUCCUCGAGGUGUGUGUGGUCGGCCAGCCGCUCUCUGCCGACGAGUACCUCGCCAAGGUCAGGGCCGGGACCCCGCUCAACCCAGGCGAAUGGAUCCUCUGCCGCGCAGAGCAGGCGCGAGCCGUUCUCUCCGCCGGCCCCCUGCAGCGGGCGAUGCUGGUCCCCCAGGGGGCCAGGCAGACAAGCACCAAGGACGACGUCAUGGCGUGUGACGAGCAGCGCCAGCAGAUCGACUUGCACGACCAGGCGGCCAAGAACCCCAACCGCGAGGUGUAG